AUGACCUCCACCACCACCCCAGACAAAGACCUCCUAACCCGCCUAUCAUCAACCCCCCUAGACACCCCCAUCCCUGCGGACCUCCUCGCCACCGCCCUCUCCGCCCCGCCCUUCGCCCCCUCCAUCCCGGGCUCCCUCAACCUCCGCGACGUGGGCGCCCUGUUCCCCUCCCACGUGCGCCCCGGCGCCGCCUUCCGGUCGGGGACGCUCGACAACCGCGCAGAGCAGGGGCAGCACCUGUCGUCCCUGCUGCGCUCGCGCCUCGGCGUGUCGCGCGUGUAUGACUUCCGGCGCGCCGACGAGAAGGGACGGCAGCGCAGCGGCGCCGCCGGGGGAGAGGAGGAGGAGGAGGAGGAGGAGGUUGUUGAGGUGCUGGCGUGCCCGUACAUGGAUGGCGCGGAGGUGCCGCGGCCGGUUGUGGUUGGGGACUUUGCGGCGGGGGAGGGCGGGGUGCUUGGGGUGGGGUAUCGGGAUAUGUAUGAUGAUAUCUUGCGGGGGUACAGGACUGGGUUUAGGAUGGUUUUUGAGGGGUUGCGGACUGUGGCGGAGGGGGAGGCGGUGCUGUUCCAUUGCACAGGUGGAAAGGACCGCACCGGCGUCAUGUCGGCGCUCAUCCUCGACCUGAUGGGCGUCCCCGCCGAGCAGAUCGCGCAGGAAUACGCCCUCACGCGCAUCGGCACCGAGCCCUUCCGCGAGAUGCUCCUGCCCAUCGUCCUCAAGGCCUACGGCGCUGGAGCCGCCGUGGCCGGCGGCGGUGGUGCCGCUGAUCUGAACACCCCCGGGAUGCGGGAGUUCCUGUCCACGGACGCGGCGGUCAUGGUCGACUUUGUGGGCCGUCUGCGGAGGGAGCACGGCGGCGCGGAGGGGUACUUGAGGGAUAGCUUGGGGUUUUCGGAGAAGGAGGUUGCGCAGAUACGCGAGAGGCUGAGGCCGAAGGGAGGGGAAGGUGCUGGGGGUUUGUAG